AUGUCUGUCCGUCGAUCUAGCAGGAUCGCAUCAGUAUCUGUCGCUCCAGCAGCGGAUAAACCUGAACUGGUGGAAAACGGGUCAAAGAAACGGCGGUCGGCUUCCCAAGGGCAGGAUUCAAAAGCCAAAAAACAAAAGGCCCUUGGCACCGUGGAGCAGACAACAAUCGAAAAGGAACAAAACCAUGUCCUCAAUGGAGUAUCCAAGGAGGAACCCGAGUUCAAAGUUCCUGUGACGCCAGUGAAGAAGGCGAAUGCGCGAAGGAUCCCUGCCAAACAAUCCAAGCAACCUCCAUUGACUCCAACGCCGAGUCUCAUCAGCGUUAUCCGAGCUCCCUAUAGCUCUGGGGAUAUUGACGACGCUACUCCUCCUCCUGACCGCCCUGUUGAACCGCACGUCACCAACGCGCCAUUGGUCACGCCUGGAGGAACACAGCACGUAGCGUAUGAAGACACUCUUCCAGAGUCGACCCCUUCAAAGACCGGCCUCCCUCGGCCGACAGCGACAACAAAUACCCUCCUGGAUCAGGCAUGUGCCCACCUCAUCAGCGUCGACCCACGCUUGAAACCCCUGAUCGAGAGACAUCCGUGCCAUAUAUUCUCAGCCAAGGGUCUGGCCGAGGUAAUUGAUCCAUUUCGCUCGCUAUCUAGCGGAAUCAUGGGCCAACAGGUGUCGGGCGCCGCGGCCAAGUCGAUCAAGAACAAGUUUAUAGCCUUGUUCAACGAGGACGGGUCUGAACAAAUACAGUUUCCGACACCAGCACAAGUCGCUGUGACGGACAUUGCAAGGCUACGUCUUGCGGGCUUGUCUCAGCGGAAAGCAGAGUAUAUCCAGGGCCUCGCUCAGAAAUUUAUCACCGGGGAGCUCACGAAUGAGAUGCUCAUGAAAGCUUCCGACGAAGAGGUCAUGGAGAAACUCAUUGCAGUUCGUGGCCUGGGGAAGUGGAGCGUAGAGAUGUUUGCCUGUUUCGGAUUGAAGCGACUUGACAUCCUUUCGACCGGCGACUUGGGUGUGCAAAGGGGCAUGGCUGCAUUUUUUGGCAAAGACGUGAAGAAACUUAAAGCAAAAGGUGGCGGUAAGUGGAAAUACAUGUCUGAGCAGGAUAUGCUCGACAAAAGCGCGCCAUUUGCGCCCUACCGGAGUCUGUUCAUGUGGUACAUGUGGCGAGUGGAAGAUGUGGAUGUCGAAGUCAUGGAGCAGAGUACACUGGCGUAG